GUCACUUGCACCGUACGGUCAUCACGAACGCUCGUCUCUACCCUCAAUACCAUCUUCCCACAGCUUAAAACUCGAAAGAAACCCAGAUCAUGGCAGCUGCACGCGAGACACCGGGGAACGGCAGCAUAUCUCUGUCCACUCCCGGCUCACACUGGCAUACGGCUCGUAAGCCAAUCGAGGACCAACUCCUCUACUACUACGAGCGCAUACACGAACUCAACGGUCAGCUGAACGCAUUAUGCCCCAUCCAUGCCUUCCCUCCCGAAGUCCUGUCCAAGGUAUUGCUGUAUUUGGCCGGCCACUACGCAGAAUCCCCCCCUCGCUUGCAAGAUUGGAUCCAAGUUACGCAUGUCUGCAGGUACUGGCGCGCCGUCGCGCUCGGCUGCUCCACACUCUGGGCGCGGUUCACGAUCACAACGCCGCGCGACCCGGAGUGGAUGGCUGUCUUCCUGGAACGGUCGAAACAAUUGCCACUUUCCGUGUCAGUAUCACCGAGACACAAACCGUACAAGUGGAUAUCUGGGAAAUCUCUUGAGGAACCGCUGUCGCUCGUGUUGUCAUAUCUGUCGCGCAUUCGGACGCUGUACCUCACGUUGGAAACGAUGUGCUCCCCGGAGGUCCUGGAGCUUCUCGACGGUCCGGCACCCUUACUCGAGUACCUCGCGAUUACGGAGCAUCAGAGUAUCCCUCGCCGCCGCGCGACAGCUGUUUCCGACCCUCUUAGCCGGCUCUUGCGUCGCCCCGAGACCGCUCGCCUUCGUCACCUAGAGUUACAAUGUCCAGUCGAUUGGACAGGCCUCUCGCUACAAGGCUUGACACGCCUGCACGUCAAAACCCCGGUCAUAGCCACCAGCCUCUCUGCAUUCCUCGGCGCCCUCGCGCAGAUGCCCGUUCUCGAGGAACUGGUCACCGGCCGCGCUUUCGCACGCGGGCCUCAGGCUGGCGAGGAGGCAGACACUUCCCCUCUUCCUACUCAGGCUGCACUUCGCACUCUACGAACGGUACGAAUCGAGGAGUCCGCAGCUAUCACUAUCUGCAUUCUUUGCAGUCUGGACACCCCGUCCCUCUCUCACGUCAGUGUGGAUUCAAGUUCCUUCAAUUCCGACCCGACGGGAAGUUAUGUCGAGCUCGUCGGAGCCACGGCAAAAAAAGUGGGAACCUUGGGCCAAUUAACGACCCUCGUGAUCGGCACCAACCUGUCAGGGCAGGAUGCCACGGGGACGUAUGUCAGCGCGUAUUGCGAUGUCCUCGAGAGCCAAUCAAUGGACCCGGCCGAGGACAGUACCCAAACGUGGGUCAGCGAGCACUCUCCGGCCCUGGAGUUGUAUUGUGGACCUUCCACGAUCACUACCCCAUUCGCAGUGUUAUGCGACCUACUCCCCAUGGGCGACGUGCGUUGCAUUAUACUCCGCGGGACUCUGCCGUCGCACGAAUUGUGGACCAACCUUGUCCGGUAUGCUCCAUUCGCCACGGGAGUUACGCGUAUUGGACGUCCGGACCACCUAUACACUUCCCCAACUGCUCACCCUUCGCAGCGAGAUCGGAGAAGACUCGCGCACCGAUCCCGAAGAGCACGGCAACCACUACUACGUACUUCCCAAUCUCCGUCGCCUGACCCUGGAUGGAGUAUACUUUGUGGAUCACUCAUUCGACAACCCUCUGAGACUUAUGAGGGCCAUGACUGAGGAAAAUAUCCCUGAUCUCGUCGAGGCUCUGAUCGACUGCUUCAUGGCUCGACACGACAACGGCGACGAUAUCGAGACGCUGCGUAUCAUGGACGCAUAUAACCUCGAGGUGGAACGGGACAUCCGAAAGCUGGAGGGCGUUGUCCGUCGCCUUGAGUGGGACCGUCGUACUACCGAAGAUAUCGAUGCAGGCGAUUACUAUGACUGGGACCUAGAUGCCUUUUGACGAACGGCAGCCUGGAAAGGCUCGGAAUGGCCACGAUGCAAUUUUGGA